CUGAACUUUAACAUUGAAUUCGAAAAGCACCACUGUUAAUCUGACACCUGGAUAAUAAUUCGAUUAACAAUAUUAUCCGCGCAUUUAAAAAGUUUGUUUAUUUUCGUGAAUUAUCGAAACCAACAGUCAAAGGCGACGGAUCAAAUUUCGAUAAUAAAGCAAAUUUUAAUGAGCACGCAGUAUUGAACACGAUGGAGGAACAGAUAAAUAAUGAAGUUAGCUCCUAUAAAUACGAUGGCGUUAAAUAUGAUUAUGUGACGCCCAAAUCUAAAGAAUUUAGUUAUGAUUUUGUGGCCAAGAACAUAAAAACCAAAGAUUUCAAUAACUAUUCCAUUGCUGUGGUCUGUGAGCAUGCCGAUGAAGCGGAGAAUAUAAUGAAGCAACUGGGCAAGCGCAGCGUCGCCUGUUUAUUGUUAAACAGACCCAACCAUAUGCUCCACAUGAUUGUGAACUUGUGGACCAAAGGCUUGCUGAAUGCUGUGUUGGUCCUGUCUGAUGAUAUGUUGUCGCCUCUGGCGGAGUGUGAAGCUGUCAACGUCGACUUGUUGAUACACUCUACAGAACCGUUGCCGCAUGUCUUUCAAAAACGUAUACAAACACUGAUUCGAAAAACAACAGAGAGAGAGACACAUGUGAUAGUAAUAAGAUCGUCAGCUGCGAAAGAGACUAAAAUUAAGGAAACUACAUCCCCGCCUGCAACGGUGCCAGUAAUAGAAAGAUGCACUACAUCCACUCAGAAGACAGCAGUAAAUGGAACACAAAUGACACCAUCAACAAAGUCACCAAGUUUGACUGAUAAUAGCACUUCAUCCGAAGACAGCAUUGUCUCUGUCACAUCCAAAUCCGAAUCUCCAGAUCAAAUGAAAACUGACACAAAAAGAGUGUACACAUAUACCGACUUUGGGGUUUAUGCCCAGAGUGUCCAUAGGCAGGAGACUUGCUUUAAUGUAUCGCAAGUGACCACACUUCACUCCGAUAUUAUAAAGGCCAUGAUGAGCUUAAACAUUGGCGAGAAGCGUGCCAAGAGCGUACAGCGCUUUGCCUGGCCACACGUGGCACAAGGUCGAUCCCUGUGCGUGGUUGGCCAGCAGCAGUCCGGCAAGACUUGGUGCUACUUGCCCUGGUUGUGUCAUAGAUUCACGGAGGAGGCACUACAACGUGACAAUAAUACGAAUGACUUUGGACCCAGCUGCAUCAUAUUGUGUGCAAGUGGAGCGAAGGGCAAAGAGAUUGCCAGAUGGUGUGUUAGCCUGACCAGCAAGUCCCCUGGCAACAUGGAUCGAGUGGUUACGCUCUUCGAGCGUAGCGAUGUUAAUGCGGUCACUGGACAAUUGGUGCGACAUCCAUGCGGCAUAUUGUUGACCACCGUUGAACUAAUGCUUCAACUCAGCGAUUUGAAUGGCAAGGAUACGCCAAUCUUUAAUCCAUCGGCCAUACGAUGUGUGGCCAUUGAUGAUCUGUGUCAUAUGUGGCGUUGUCGCCGCAUGGACUGUGACAAAUUGAUUGAAUGGCUCUUCAGCUAUCUUCGCAUCGGGAAGGAUUACACACAACUGAUGAUCGUCAGUCGUCUUUGGAGCAAUGGAAUAAUGCAGCGUUUACUGCCUAAAAUGCCAGAUGUGCUUCUCGUGCUCGAGGAUGCCUUGGAGGCGACCAUUUACGGUGGUGUCAAGCUAGACAUACUGACCACCGACGCGGAAAGAUGCGAACAGGAUAUUAUUAAAUUGCUCAAAGCCAUGAAAUUGAAUGAGGAACGUGUUGUCCUGGCAUGCCACACAAAAAAGGAAGCCGAUCAACUUGGCUUACUGCUUUUGGCCGCAAGUAUUAAAAGUAUCAUCAUUUUUGAUACCCACGGAAUGCUGUUGUACGAACAAUGGUGCCAAAGGCACAGAUCAAAAGUCCUAAUUGUCACGGAUGAAGCUGUACCCAAGUUGCGAGGCGAUCGGGUAGAUCGUUUGGUUCACUAUACGCCUGCCAGAAACUGGUCACGUUUUAGGACGCGAUUCAGCCUAUUUUAUGGCAAUUACAAGGCGCCAACGAACUUAAAAAAGGCCACAUCAACUGUAUUCUUGGGCACGGGCGAAAGAGAUCUCGAACAAAUGUGGCACAUUUGUGAUUUUAUGCUCAAGCAUGAUCGUGUUGUGCCGGGAAACUGGAUAACAUGGCUAUCGCUGAACUGUAACCUAUCCGAAUCGUGUCGCAAUCAGCAGUCAUUCUGCCAGCAACUGUCCGUCUAUGGGGAAUGCUGGCGUCUCUCUUGCCGAUAUCGCCAUCAUUUGUGGCAUGAUGAAAUCAUGCAACCAAUAGCUUUUCCAAAGAAUUAUGAAAUCCAAUUCCAUAUAAUAUCCAUCGUUUCGCCAUCCCAACUAGUUGUAAAGCUGACUAAAUUUGAGAUAAAGUCUUAUUAUAUGGGCCUCAUUCCGAUCACCGAGUUGGGCAAGAAAAUUCAAGAGCAUUAUCAGGAAUCCAGUAACCGGCGCAAUCAUCUCAAUCCAAAACCCGGUGAUGUGUGCAUUGUCAAGUUCAAUAAUCAAUAUCAGCGUAUCGUAGUGAUCCAAGUGGAUUCGAAUAUUAUUAAAGUGAAACAGGUAGAUAGUGGCCGGGAUACUGCUGAAGUGAAAUCAUGCGAUUUAUGGGUAUGCGAUGAGUCCUUCACUAAGCAUAGCUUUGAGGCCACCGAACUGCGCAUCACCGGUCUGAUGCCCCUCAAUAUGGAUCGGAUUUGGCCUGAGGAUGCCAAGAAUUUGGUACGCAAGCAUUUCAGUAGGCUGCACGUUAAAAAACCUUUGCGUGUUUAUAGGGCCGAAGUCGACUUUGAUUUCAAUGAUGUGCGUUUCGUGAAAAAUGUAUAUGACGAUGCUGGCAAUGACAUGAAAAGUCUAGUGGUCAAUAAUAUGCCAGUACACAUCGAUGAUAAUGUUAUGAUGCGUUUGCAAGAUUUGUUUGAGGACACACUCAAACCGAUUUCGAAUAGUAAGUGUUGACCAAAUGCAACCAGAACUUUGCAAAUGUUUUCGAAAGCAAACCUCAAUUUCCAAAGAAAUACAAAAAGCCAUUUUAAUUUUUAAAAGUUUAUGCGUAUCUAUCCAAGAAAAUGCCUUUAAUAAGUGUG